AUAGCUGUCCAAGAUUGUACCUUUCUCUUGUAUGUACCCGCUACUCUACUACUAAUGGCACACACAACACGAACACAAGUCCCUUCCCAUUCUGCGCCUCGCCAAUUUCCAUUCUGCACCAAGCACUGAGCGCAAACCCUUGUAAAACCUCCUGCCAACACAAAGAAUGUUUGCCUUCCCUUUUUUCUUUUCUGCUUUUCAUCUCCCAUGACUGAACUCUUUUGCUUUUCAUUGAUCUGGCAGCUCGCGUUUACUGUGGGGGGUCUCGGCGUCAACUUCAUCCGGGGGGAGGUUGUUAGUGUGUGUUUUUGCUUUAGAAGGGAUUUGGGAUUUUGGGUUUGUUCGUUUCCGUGAGAAUGGUGAAUCCUAGGUGCUAUUUGGAUAUCAGUAUUGGAGGAGAAAUGGAGGGGAGAAUAGUGGUGGAGUUAUACAAAGAUGUGGUGCCUAAAACUGCUGAGAAUUUUAGAGCUCUCUGUACUGGGGAGAAGGGCAUCAGCCCUCACACUGGCCGUCCCCUCCAUUACAAGGGUUCACACUUUAAUCGUAUUGUCAAAGGGUUUAUGAUCCAAGGGGGUGAUAUAUCUGAUGGACAUGGAGUGGCUGGAGAAUCCAUUUAUGGAGUGAAAUUUGAAGAUGAAAAUUUUGAGCUCAAACACUCAAGGAAAGGGAUGCUAUCAAUGGCUAACUCUGGUCCAAAUACCAACGGGUCUCAAUUUUUCAUUGUUACAACCCAGGCUACUCACCUGGAUGGAAAGCAUGUUGUCUUUGGUAAGGUGAUCAGAGGAUUAGGGGUGGUUCGUGCAAUUGAGUAUGUUUCAACAAUAGACAACUGCUGUCCCACCAUCGAUGUUGUGGUCAUUGACUGUGGAGAAAUUCCUGAGGGCGCAGAUGAUGGGACAAUUAAUUUCUUUAGAGAUGGUGAUUUAUACCCUGAUUGGCCAAUGGAUCUUGAUCCCAAACCCAAUGAUGUCAUUUGGAUGAUUACUGCUGUAGACUCCAUCAAAGUCUUGGGAAAUGAGUGGUACAAGAAGCAUGAGUACAAGAUGGCAAUAAGAAAGUAUCGUAAGGCCCUCAAAUAUCUGGAUUCAUGCUGGGAGAUGAAAGACAUUGAUCAAGUGCAGUGCGAUUCUCUGAGGAAAACAAAGUCUCAAAUCCUAACGAAUAGUUCAGUCUGCAAGUUGAAGUUAGGAGAUCUUAAAGGAGCACUGCUGGAUGCAGACUUUGCUAUUCGUGAUGGAGAAGCUAAUGCAAAAGCUUUCUACCGCCAAGGCCAGGCAUAUAUGGCACUCAAUAACAUUGAUGCAGCCGUUCACAGUUUUAGCAAAGCAUUAGAAUUGGAGCCAACUGAUGGUGGUAUUAAGAAAGAGCUAUCUAUUGCAAAGAAGAAGAUUGCUGAUAGGCGUGAACAGGAGAAAAAAGCUUAUUCAAGAAUGUUUCAGUAAAAAUUGAAGUUUAUACAUUGCUACAAAUGACUUGGUGCCAGUUAAACUCCUUGGCUCAUGUCCAAAAUGAUAUUACUUGUCAAGUGAAUUGUAAGAUUACAUUGUACUUGACUCUGAACCUAAUUUUGUCAUAGUUAUGGUGCAUAGCACCAUAACCAUGGAAGGGAACAUGACUUCUAGAUGUAGGAAUAGCUCUGAAAGAGAAAGCAUUAAGACCUUUGUGUUGCCAAUCAUUUAAAGUACUUCGACAACUUCCUUACAAGAAAAGUUC